AGUUAUCGGAAGGGAUUAUUUAUUUUUUAUUUUGUGCAAUUUGUGAUUGACAGACAUUGAAGGAAUAAAAAAUAACCUCAAAGUAUUACUUUACAAACCUUGCGAUGUUGAAUCGUAAAAAAUAACUCCAUCGGUUUCAGAUCACUCCAAAUAUUCACUGUAAUGUAACCUAGAGGUUGAAGUAAAUUUUUAAUCAUAACACUUUUAGUUACUACCUAUGAGAUUUGUUUACCUGCCAUCCAUACCAACAUAGAAUACAAGUUAAUAAAAUAAUUAGGUACAGACACUAUCAUAAAUAAACCGCGUCAGUUUUAUUACUAGGGUCAAGAUGAUUUAUUUCAAAGAAAUGAGGCAUAUCAAUCGGAUGUUUUGCAACAUUUGCUCACCGCCAAAAUUUGCAAGGGCAUGUUCCAAGAGCUCACAAGUAAACGGUAAUAAAACGGAUGAAAGUCCGCUCCGUCGAUUAUUGGACGAGGCCAGCACGUACGGAGAAGCCGAAACACAAGCUGCGGAACCGGAGAUGCGCUGGGCCACGCAGCCGUACGCGGCGCGCGCGAGCCCGAGCGAGCCGCCGCCGCGCGUGCUGCCGCGCGACACCGCCGUGCUGCUGUUCCCGGGCCAGGGCUCGCAGUACGUCGGCAUGGGCCGCCGUCUGAUGGACAUCCCUGCCGCGAAACGACUCUAUGAACUUGCUUCUACAGUUGUUGGGUGGGACGUGGGCCGCGUGUGCGUGGAGGGGCCCGAGGAGGAGCUGGAGCGGCGCUGCCAGACGGCCGUGCUGGUGACGUCGCUGGCGGCGCUGGAGCGCGCGCGCGAGGAGCGGGCGGGCGCGCUGCAGCGCGUGCGGGCGGCGGCCGGCUUCUCGCUCGGCGAGUUCGGCGCGCUAGUGUUCGCGGGCGCGCUGACGCUGGAGACGGCGCUGCGCCUCGUGGAGCUGCGCGCCGCCGCCAUGCUGGCCGCGGCGGCCGAGCGGCCGGGCGGCAUGCUGACGCUGUGGCUGGGCGCCGACGCGCAGCUGGGGCUGGCGCUGCUGCGCGCGCGCGAGCACGCGGCCGAGCGCGGCGUGGCGCAGCCCGUGUGCCAGGUGGCCAACUACCUGUACCCGGGCUGCAAGGUGGUGGCGGGCGACGAGCCGGCGCUGCGUUGGCUGGAGCGGCACGGGGCGGAGCUGGGCGUGCGGCGGGCGGCGCGGGUGCGCGUGGCGGGCGCGUGGCACACGCCGCUGAUGGCGCGGGCGGAGGCGGCGCUGCGCGAGGCGCUGGCGGCGGCGGAGGUGCGGGCGCCGCGGCUGGCGGUGGUGUCGUGCGUGGACGCGCGGGCGUACGGUGACGCGCGGGCGGUGCGGCGCGGGCUGGCGCGGCACGUGGCGCGGCCGGUGCGCUGGGAGCAGACGCUGGCGGCGCUGUACUCGCGGCCGCGCGGGGAGCAGUUCCCGCUGACGCUGGCGCUGGGCCCGGGCUCCACGCUGCGCUCGACGCUGCGACAGGUGAACGCGCGCGCCUGGGACUCCUCGUUGCAGAUCGACGUGUAGGGCCGGUGUGAACGGCAAAAUCGAAAUAAUCUUUUUGUAUAAUUAUAACAAUAUAUAGGUAUCAUUUGUAGUUAUAGAUUAAACUAAUUAGGUAGUAUAAAAAUCAUGAGAAAAUCAA